UUAGGAGACGCUUGAAAGUUUCUUCUUAGUUCUUAUUAUUGUUUUCAUUAUUUAAUUUUAUAAUAAUGAGAACAAAAAGAAAUGAAAUAAUAGAAUAAUGAUAAUAAUGUUAGAAAGAAGAGUGAGUGUGUAGAGAGCAAUGGAGAGAUACCUGAGAGAGAACUUUUACGUGCAGCCAAAGCGCCCCACGGAGGACAACCUUCGGAGAUGGAGAUCCGCCGUCUCCGUCGUCAAGAAUCCUCGCCGCCGUUUCCGAUGGGUUGCCAAUCUCGCCCAACGCGCCGAAGCCGAACAAAAGCGCAAGAAGCUCCAGGAAAAGAUACGAGUUGCUCUUUAUGUACAAAAAGCAGCGUUGCAAUUUAUAAACGCUGCAAACCGCAGUGGCAAUUACAUGCUCUCCAAACAAGUUCAAGAAGCAGGUUUCGGAAUCGAGCCGGACGAAUUAGCCUCCAUAGUGAGAUCACACGACACUAAAUGCUUAGAACAUCAUGAAGGUGUUGAAGGAUUAGCGAAAGCAGUCCGCGUAUCGUUCCAAGAAGGCGUUAGUUCGAGCGACAUAAAACAUCGACAAAAUAUCUAUGGAACUAACCGCCAUACCGAGAAACCAUCCAGGAGUUUAUGGAUGUUUGUUUGGGAUGCAAUGCAAGACUUAACACUAAUGAUUCUUAUUGUAUGUGCUGUUGUUUCAAUUGGUGUUGGAAUUUCAACUGAAGGUUUUCCUAAAGGUAUGUAUGAUGGAGUUGGAAUCAUACUAUGUAUUAUUUUAGUUGUGUUAGUCACUUCAAUAAGUGAUUAUAAACAAUCUUUGCAAUUUAAGGAUUUAGAUAAAGAAAAGAAAAAUGUGAGCAUUCAAGUUACAAGAGAUAGUAGAAGACAAAAAGUUUCAAUUCAUGAUUUGGUUGUUGGUGACAUAAUUCAUCUUUCAAUUGGAAAUAUAGUACCUGCUGAUGGAUUAUUCAUAUCAGGUUUUAGUUUAUUGAUUGAUGAAUCAAGUUUAUCAGGUGAAAGUGAAGCUGUGAAUGUUGAUAAACAAAAACCUUUUCUGUUAUCUGGAACAACAGUUCAAGAUGGUUCUGCUAAAAUGCUUGUUACUUCUGUUGGUAUGAGAACUGAAUGGGGAAGAUUAAUGGAAACUUUGAACGAAGGAGGCGACGACGAGACACCUCUUCAGGUUAAAUUAAACGGCGUUGCUACGCUUAUUGGAAAGAUAGGAUUAGUUUUUGCAUUGUUAACAUUUUUGGUUCUUACUGGUAGGUUUUUAUUGGUGAAAAUAUUGCACAAUGAAAUUUCUAAAUGGUCUUUAAAUGAUGCUUCUAAGCUUUUAAAUUUCUUUGCAACUGCUGUUAUUAUAAUUGUUGUUGCUGUUCCUGAGGGUUUACCUUUAGCAGUUACAUUAAGUCUUGCAUUUGCAAUGAAGAAAUUGAUGAAUGAUAAGGCAUUGGUUAGACACUUAUCUGCAUGUGAAACAAUGGGUUCUGCUGGUUGUAUUUGCACUGACAAAACUGGAACUUUGACUACAAAUAAUAUGGUUGUUGACAAACUAUGGAUCUGCGAGCAAACUAAGGCGAUUAAAACUGGAAAUCGCGAUGAUAAUAUGUUGAAGAAUUCAGUUUCUGAGGAGAUUUAUGAUCUACUUUUGCAGUCUAUAUUUCAGAAUACUGCUUCGGAGGUUGUAAAAGGCGAAGACGGGAAAAUCAAGGUAAUGGGGACUCCAACAGAAUCAGCAUUGCUUGGAUUUGGUUUGAUUUUAGGAGGUGAUUCAAAAUUUUACAAUGAAAAGUAUAAGAUUGUUAAGGUUGAACCUUUUAAUUCAAUCAGAAAAAAGAUGUCAGUUCUUGUUUCUCUUCCUGAUAGCAGCAACAAAACUAGAGCAUUUUGUAAAGGGGCAUCAGAAAUAGUUGUCAAAAUGUGUGAUAAAGUUGUUAAUGCAGAAGGAAAAGUUGUUGAUUUGAAUGAACAACAAAGAAAAAGUAUCACAGAAGUUAUUGAUGGUUUUGCUUCUGAGGCACUGAGAACACUGUGCAUAGCCUUUAAGGAUAUUGAAGGGUCCUCUGAAAACAUUCCUGAGGAUAAAUAUGUUUUGAUUGCUAUUAUUGGAAUUAAGGAUCCAGUGAGGCCUGGAGUUAAAGAAGCUGUUAAGACUUGUUUACAAGCUGGAAUUACUGUUAGAAUGGUAACUGGUGAUAAUAUAAACACUGCUAAAGCUAUAGCUAGAGAAUGUGGUAUUUUGACUGAUGGGUUGGCCAUUGAAGGACCAGAUUUCAGGAAUAAGACUCAGCAAGAAAUGGAACAGAUAAUACCUAAAUUACAGGUGAUGGCUCGAUCGUUGCCACUUGAUAAGCACACUUUAGUGACCCAUUUGAGGAAUGACUUUAAUGAAGUUGUGGCAGUAACAGGUGAUGGGACCAAUGAUGCUCCAGCUUUGCAUGAGGCUGAUAUUGGAUUCGCUAUGGGUAUUGCUGGAACUGAGGUUGCAAAAGAGAAUGCGGAUGUGAUUGUAAUGGAUGAUAACUUUGCCACCAUAGUGAAUGUUACAAGAUGGGGCCGUUCUGUUUAUAUCAACAUACAAAAGUUUGUUCAGUUCCAGUUAACAGUUAAUGUUGUAGCUCUCAUGCUGAAUUUUGUUUCAGCUUGUGUUUCAGGUUCUGCUCCUCUUACUGCUGUUCAAAUGCUUUGGGUAAACAUGAUUAUGGACACACUUGGUGCAUUGGCAUUGGCUACAGAACCCCCUAAUGAUGGGUUAAUGAAGAGGCCACCAAUUGGAAGAAAUGCAAGUUUCAUUACAGGGGUCAUGUGGAGGAACAUAAUUGGUCAAAGCAUUUAUCAAACCAUUGUCCUUUUGAUUCUUAAAUUUCGUGGGGAACAUAUUCUCAAACUCAAUGGACCUGAUGCUUCCUCUAUUUUGAAUACUGUUAUAUUCAACACCUUUGUCUUUUGCCAGGUAUUCAACGAGGUAAACAGCCGAGACAUGGAGAAGAUUAAUGUUUUUCAAGGCCUAUUCAGUAGCUGGAUUUUUCUGAUGGUAAUGGCUUCAACAAUAUGCUUUCAAGUCAUAAUAGUUGAAUUUCUUGGUGCAUUUGCUCAAACAGUGCCACUGAGUCGAGACCUGUGGUUAACCAGUAUCAUUAUUGGUGCGUUAAGUUUAGUAGUAGCUGUUGCUCUAAAGUGCAUUCCAGUUCCUGUCAGAAAUUACGUCUCAACUCAUCAUGAUGGUUACGAGCCACUCCCCACUGGACCAGAGCUGGCAUGAACAUGAUAGAUAUAUGGUUCACUAUAACUACGGUUUUAAAUUGCGAUUACAAUAUUUAUAUUGCAGACAAAUGCAGCCGCAUCCGACUAUAUUACAAUUGCGAUGUCGUUGCAGAAACUUCAAAAUCAAUAAUAUUGCAGCCGUAUUGCAAUUUAAAACCACGACCAUAAUCUUACAUUCUUUUAAAUGCGAAACAUUUUAUCCUAUAAAAUUCAUUUCAUGUCUUUAUGCUAGAUACCUCCUUUUCCUUCUCUUUUCUUCCUUGAGAAAAGAUCUUUUUGCUGUAGUCUAAACAUUAGUUUGGUAGCAAACAUUAUAUAGAAGAGCCAAAUCAGGUAAUUAAUUGGAAAA